AUGACUAUCGUUGCUGGACUAGGUCUUCACAAUCUCUGGAUCUUCUGGUACUUCAUCUAUCUAUGGGGUAUGGGUAUUGUUAGCUUCAUCUCAUUCUGGACUGGCCUCUUCGCCGGUUUUGACGGUAAUGAUUGGGUUUCUGAAUACGAAGAUGCCAUCUCUACCUGGAGAGGAAAAAUUAUCACUGAUUUCCUUUAUUGA